CUCUCUGCUGCUGCCUUGUGUAUGAGUGUACAGAUAAUAACAUCGCCUGCUUCCUGCAUUGCUUGGCCUGUGGUUCCCUCUCUGCUGUAUUGUGCGUUAUUGUUGUGCUGCAGGUUGUAUGUAUGCUGUUCAGUGCCUGUGACAGCUGUGGUUGUUGGGACUACUUUGUGUCGCUUUUAGCUGUAGGUUGUAUAACUGUGUAGUGUGCAGGCGGUGAUAGUUCGAGACGGUGCAGCAUGGAGGGAGAAAGCACCACAGCACUUCUUUCUGGAUUUGUUUUUGGCGCCCUCGCUUUCCAUCAUCUGAACUCCGGAUCAGACACAGAAGGUUUCCUUCUUGGAGACGUUAAAGGAGAAGCAAAGAACAGCAUAACUGAUUCUCAGAUGGAUGAUGUGGAAGUUAUUUAUACCAUAGAUAUACAGAAGCAAGUACCAUGUUACCGACUUUCAAGUUUUUAUGGCGCUUUGGGUGACCUGAAUAAACCAGCAUUAAAUAAGUUACUUAAAGGACAAAAAAAAAAUGUUAUUGGUUGGUACAAAUUUCGACAUAACACGGAUCAAACCAUGACAUUCCGAGAGAAAAUCCUACACCAAAAUCUUCAAGAAUAUUUGUCAAACACUGAACUUGUCUUUUUGUUAAUGACAUCAAAUGCCACAACUCAGAUAAAGUCUACGCAUCGUAUGGAAUAUGCAUUACACAAACCACAAGAUGGACUGCUCCAGAAAGUGCCAUUGGUAGUUACCAACUUGGGCAUGUCAGAACAACAGGGCUAUAAGACAGUGUCUGGAUCAUGCAUUUCUGUUGGUUUUGGACGAGCAGUGAAAAAGCAUAGGUUGGAGUUCUUUAAUGAAGAUGACAGUUUGAAGGAAGUAAAUAAAAUCAGUGAUAUGUAUACAACUCUCCAAGAAGAACUUACG